AGUGAUUGAGUGUAAAUUGAUAUACACAAGAGCAACUUGGCCCGUUAAUCAGCACAUUCGAGUAUCAACAUGCCCGUGGCGCUCCACCUGUGACUUUUUAUGAAAUAGCAAACUACGACAACCUAUUCAUUCGAUAUUGCAAGCGAAUAUCAGACUAAUAACAACAAUCCCGCGAUCAUCAAGAAUUAUGACUUCGACGUGCUUCGGGUGGGCUUCAGGUGCUCGGUCGCUUGCACUGGUCUUGAUGAGUUUAGUCCUGAUAAGCUCUUCUGGUGCAGAGGCGAGUCCGAUGGAGGUGUUUAAAGCGUGGGUUACAGGAAGUGCAAACACCCAGGCCGACGAUUGGUCUGUAAAGCCUGGACAGAUUCCGGAUUAUGUUUUGAAAUAUGCUCCAACUGUUCAUUUAUAUUCUGAAGAGGUUUAUCUGCCGUGUGAUGUUCGGGAUUUUGUUUCCCACAUGUAUCCAGUCAUGGAUGGCAAGAACAUCACAGAGGGAAUCAAUUUCCCAAUGACGCUAUACGACGUCGGCCGGCUACCGAGAGAAGAGAACGUAUUUCUGACGUCGACGGAUGACUUUGAUGUCGACCCCGACUGGAUCACAGGCCGAGGAAAUCUUCCCGACAUCGAGACCGGGGAAGUGCCUGUUCCUGCGAUCUUGAUUGUGUUUGACAAGGGCGAUGGAUGGGUUGACUCCUUUUGGUUUUACUUCUACGCCUUCAACCUUGGCCCGUUCGUGAUGGGCGGUGGACCUUAUGGCAACCAUAUUGGUGAUUGGGAGCAUUCCAUCUUACGCUUUUACAAGGGUGAGCCUCACUCGCUCUGGAUGUCUGCCCACGGCGGCGGCAGUGGCUUCUCUUUCAAGGCGCUCGAGAAGAAGGAAGGAGACCCGAACCGGCCGGUGAUUUAUUCUGGCCGAGGAACUCAUGCAAACUAUGGAUCGGCGGGCCAGCACUCGCACGAUUUGCCGUUCCGGAUGUUGAGUGAUUUUACGGACCGCGGGCCGCUGUGGGAUCCGGCGAAGAAUUAUCUGGGGUAUACAUAUGACGGCACCACCGUUUGCGGAGAGGGAGAUACGACUGAUGUCAAUGCCGAAUGGCUUUAUUUCCCCGGACACUGGGGAGACGACAAGCUUCCGCCAGAUGACCCAAGACAGCACUUCCACCCAUUUGAGUGGCGAUACAUCGAGGGCCCGACAGGUCCACUGUGGAAGCAUCUCGAUCGAACGGUGGUGUGCCAGCAGCCCAAAUGGUACAAUUACUGGGGCACCUGCCGGGUGCGGAACACGUUGGAGUACGGCGAGGGCGUCGAGAGCGAGGGCUACGGCUGCGCGGGGGUGCUGGAUCAUAUCUGGCCCAGUUUCCUUGGCUCGUUUGUGCGCUUAUGGUUUUGGGGAGGGUGGUUCUGUGGGUUUGUGGACUGGAUGUGGGGUUGAUUAUGAAAACGGGGAGCAAAGUAGAAAGAAGGAGUGGUGUAUGUAGUGAGCAGGAGGAGGUUUAAUGGUAGAGAGCGAGAGGGCAUAUAAUCUUUUUAGUACUCUAUCUCUUGUAUAAAUUUACUGUGUAUCUUUUUAUCUGUGCCCUGCCAGCCUGAGCUGUACGGAUGCUUACAAUGUACCUUGUGGAUGUGAUCUGAGA